AUGGGCGGCGGCGCCCCCCCCUUUUUGGGGGUCCCCACGGCCCCAGGCACUACCAAGGUGGCGGCUGUCGGGGGCAAAAAGGUGGGCGUGGUGCGGGCGGCUGCGGGGCAACGGUGGGUGGACACCACGCUCGCUGAGUGGCCUGAGAACGACUACCGCAUCUUUGUGGGCAACCUGGGCAAUGAGGUGUCAGAUGCGGUGCUGACCGCGGCCUUCCAGAGGUUCCCAACCUUCCAAAAAGCCAAGGUGGUGCGGUAUGCUCACAACGGAAAGAGCAAGGGCUACGGUUUUGUGUCAUUUGGUGACACCAUUGAAGGCGCCAAGGUCCUUCGCGAGAUGCAGGGCAAAUAUGUGGGCAACCGGCCGGUGCAGCUGCGGAAGAGCAGCUCGGAGGAGCGCACAGUGACGGAUAAGAAGGGGAGAGCACGCACAAGGGAAGUGACAAUCAAGCAGCCCAGGCCGCCUAAGCAGCAGAAGGUGGACGGGGGCCCGCCCGCGUUUGGCGGCGGCAGUGGCCCGCCAGGGGGCCGGCGCUGGUAAAGCAACAUCUCCUGCAGGGGGUUUCUCCCAGGGUCCGAUGUGUUUUACAUGAAAAUGAUUAAUCAAAUGUCCAAGC